GUAUUGCUAGGAUAUUUACCUACCGAUAAAAGAAAAUGGGCGCAAGUUCUUGCUGAACAACGAGCAACAUAUUAUAGCUUCGUGCGUGAUUUGCUGGCGGAUCCAUACGAAGAAUAUGGCUUUUCAGGACAAGACGAUCAUGUAAAUACUCCAAAACCUCUGAAUUCCGCUCCCAAUUCAAAAUGGGCAGAAUAUUUUGCUGAUAAUAUAAUUCUCGAGCAAAUCGACAAGGACGUACGACGAACUCUCCCGGAUCUUGCCUUUUUCCAAUCGCCUGUGCCUCAAAGUCCCCUGAGUCCGUUGAGUCCUAGACUCGCUCCACUAGCAAUGAACAGAUUGAAUGGUGCACGGUCACCUUCUAUACUCGAUGCAUUAGAUUCCAUUAAUGAUGACGUUAGCAGUGUGGUUAGCAGGGAUAGCGACACGGUCGUUGGAUUUAAUGGUCUGGGUACCGAUGGGGUUGCCGCAUUGGGAAUGACUCACAGCAAUGGUACAUCGUCUUCGUUAACGUCAGAAACCACAGCUACAAGUGAAAUUCGUUCGGUGCCGUCUACACCUCGUCGACCAAUGGCAAUUGACGUCGAUGCGGCUUUGACCGAGACUGUGAUGCCUAUUCCCACUCGCAGGUCUAUAUUCAAGCGGGUUCAGCACCUAAAUAAAGAUUUUAGACGUCCUGGAUCUCCUUCACUUGGAAAUGCUGCAUGUGAUGAUGAUGAUGUCAUUGAUCUGCAUUGGGAGGCUAUCGAGCGGAUACUGUUUAUCUAUGCCAAGUUGAAUCCUGGAAUUGGAUAUGUUCAAGGAAUGAACGAAAUUCUAGGGCCUAUUUAUUAUACAAUGGCAAACGAUGAUGAUGAAGAAGGAAAAGCACAUGCUGAAGCAGAUUCGUUCUUUGUAUUUACUCUCCUGAUGGCUGACAUAAGGGAUCACUUUGUCAGAACUCUCGAUUCCGAUGACCUCAAUGGAAUAGGUGCUACCAUGUCAAAACUCAGCAAGAGACUCAAGCUAUAUGCACGUGAUCAAUGGGAGGAUAUGGAACAGAAAUCCCUUCUUCCUACAUACUAUGCAUUUAGAUGGCUCACUGUGCUAUGUGCCCAGGAAUUUGCUCUUCCCGAAGUUAUUCGUUUGUGGGACUCUGUAUUUGCCGAUCGUAGUGUUGGAGAAGGUGGAUUCGAAUUUCUCCUUGAUUUUUGCUGUGCAAUGAUCAUAUGUAUUAAAGACGAAUUAUUGGAUGGAUCGUUUGCGGAUAAUAUCAAAUUGCUUCAGAACUAUCCAAUUCAAGAUCCCACAAUAGUACUCCAGAAAGCGUAUGGACUUCGUGAAGCACGACUUUUAGCUCAACUUAACGGAGACUCGGACGCAUCAAGCGACGAAGAAGAUUACAUCCCAAUAGCACAAAAUGGACGAUCCAACAAUAACGAUUGGCUUUCAUUCUCACCACGCAACACGUUCGCCAAUGCCACCUUUUUUAAACGGUCAAACAACAAUUCCAACGAAACUCAAAAAAGCGUGUUUCCGUUCAGCAUCGGAAAUAACAGUUCCACUUCUGUACAGCAGCGUAUGCACACUGUUGCCGGUGAAACUAGAAGCAAGGCAUCCGUGCUGCUACGAAAAAUGAAGGGGGCAAUGUCGAACGUACCUGCGACUGGAAUUGCUGCGGUACCAACAAAAGGUGCACCCAGAUUGGCUGGUAGAUUUUCCGUUUGGAAACGAAAUACUUUUACUCCCACACCAUCAUAA